CCUCCCCUCCCCUGCAUCCUUCCCACCCCCGUCUCCUCCUCUCUUCUACAUUUGUACAUCUCAACAAAGAGGUUGUUCUUCAUCUUCUAUAACAAUCUAGAGACCCGCACAAAAAACAACAAGCAUGACCUCCAAGAAGCGCGGAUCCAUCCCCUCGAUGGAGGCUCUCGGCGACGCCUUUAUCGGCGAGACUGUCUUCGUCGUCCUCGGCGCCUCUGGUGACCUGGCCAAGAAGAAGACGUUCCCCGCCCUCUUCACCCUCUUCCGCCAGGGCCACCUCCCCAGCGACAUCCACAUUGUCGGCUACGCCCGCACCAAGAUGACCCCCGAGGAGUUCCAGACCCGUGCCACCUCGUACAUCAAGCCCCCCAAGAACAAGGAGCACCAGGCCGAGUUUGAGACUGCCCUCGCCGGCUUCCACAAGAUCCUCUCGUACGUCUCGGGCCCCUACGACCAGGACUCUGGCUACCAGGACCUUGAGAAGCACCUCCGCGAGAUUGAGAGCAAGCGUGCCAAGGGUGAGAAGCGCAACCGCAUCUUCUACAUGGCUCUGCCCCCGUCGGUCUUUACCGAGGCGGCCGCCGGCCUCAAGAAGAACAACUACUCUACCGAGGGCGGCAACCGCCUUAUCGUCGAGAAGCCCUUCGGCAAGGACCUCGAGUCGUGCCGCGAGAUGAUGUCGGCCCUCAAGGCCGAGUGGGCUGAGAGCGAGACGUACCGUAUCGACCACUACCUCGGCAAGGAGAUGGUCAAGAACCUUCUCGUUCUCCGUUUCGGCAACAUUGUCCUCGACGCCGUCCUCAACAAGAACUCGGUCUCCAACGUCCAGAUCACCUUCAAGGAGCCCUUCGGCACCGAGGGCCGUGGCGGCUACUUUGACGAAUUUGGCAUCAUCCGCGAUGUCUGCCAGAACCACCUUCUCCAGGCCCUCUCCGUCCUCACCAUGGAGCGCCCUGUCUCGUUCUCGGCCGAGGACAUUCGUGACGAGAAGGUCAAGGUGCUCCGUGCCAUCCCCCCCAUCAAGCCCCAGGACACUCUCCUCGGCCAGUACGUUGCCGCCGACGGCAAGCCUGGCUACCUCGACGACGACACUGUCCCCAAGGGCUCGACUUGCCCCACUUUCGCUGCCCUUACCCUCUUCAUCAACAACCCCCGUUGGGAGGGCGUGCCCUUCAUCAUGAAGGCCGGCAAGGCCCUCAACGAAGGCAAGGUCGAGAUCCGUGUCCAGUUCAAGGACGUUACCUCGGGUAUCUUCACCGACAUUGCUCGCGACGAGCUUGUCGUCCGCAUUCAGCCCGACGAGGCCGUCUACCUCAAGCUCAACUCCAAGCUUCCCGGUCUUAUCACCAAGGCUGUCCCCACCGAGCUUAACCUCAACUACUCUGAGCGCUUCACCGACGUCGAGGUCCCCCAGGCGUACGAGGCCCUCAUCCUCGACGCUAUCAAGGGCGACCGCUCCAACUUCGUCCGUGACGACGAGCUGGACGUUGCCUGGAAGAUCUUCACCCCCAUCCUCCACUGGAUCGACGGCGUUGACGGUGGCGAGAAGCCCAAGCCUGAGCCUUACGCCUACGGCUCGCGCGGCCCAGCCGACUCGGCUGCCUUCUCGGCUCGCUACGGCUUCAGGCGCACUGAGGAGGGAUCUUACACCUGGCCCGUUACCAGCGUCGCCGCCAACCUGUAAAAACGGACGGCUCUGUAGCAACCAAUCUCAUUUCCUAACAUUACUUGUGAACAAUAACAGCUCGCUCGGUCUAAGCGGGCAGGCUGUUUGCGCUCGUGUGAGAGAGAGUGUGUGGCCGCGCUGGUCUCGGGUAAGAGUACGAGGCGCGUAGCCGGAUGACAUGUAGAGAGGCACUAUGAAUAUGUUAUGUGCCGGUGUGGC